GUCUUCGUCAUGCAGAAGGGCCGCUUCACCAUGGACCUGUCGGCCCAGCUGCUGGCCCUGGAGGACGCGGCGGGCCCGGACUCGCGGGCGCGGACGGUCGUGGUCUUCACGCACUGCGGCACGGAGACCACGCCGGAGCUGCUGCGGCGGUGCCGGCAGAGCUGCAACGACCGCCUGCGGGACAUGGUGAACCAGUACCCUGCCGUCGUUGGCGUGGACAGCCUGCAGCCCGGCCGCGCCGAGGAGGACCGCGCGGCCGUGAUGGGGGCGGUCACCGCGGCGUACCGCAAGGCGCAGGCCGCGCUGCGCCCGGCCGCCCCCGUGGACGUCCGGCGGGAGCUCCAGGA